AUGGAGGAAUCAUCCCUAAACCGGACCUCAUCCCGGGGUGGAGUCAACUUUCUGAAUGUUGCCCGGACCUACAUCCCCAAUACCAAGGUGGAAUGUCACUACACUCUUCCCCCAGGCACUGUGCCCAGCGCCAGCGACUGGAUUGGCAUCUUCAAGGUAGAGGCUGCCUGUGUUCGGGAUUACCAUACAUUUGUGUGGUCUUCAGUGCCUGAAAACACAGCUGGUAGUUCACCUAUCCAUGCCAGUGUCCAGUUCCAAGCCAGCUACCUGCCCAAACCAGGAGCCCAGCUUUACCAGUUCCGAUAUGUGAACCGCCAGGGCCGGGUGUGUGGACGGAGUCCCCCUUUCCAAUUCCGAGAACCAAGACCCAUGGAUGAACUGGUCACCCUGGAAGAAGCUGAUGGUGGCUCUGACAUUCUGCUGGUUGUCCCCAAAGCAACUGUGCUACAGAGCCAACUGGAUGAGAGCCAGCAAGAAAGAAAUGACCUGAUGCAACUGAAGCUGCAGCUAGAGAGGGAAGUGACAGAGCUAAGGAGCCGAGUGCAGGAGCUGGAGACCGCUCUGGCAAGUGCCAGACAGGAGCACGCAGAGCUGAUGGAGCAGUACAAGGGGCUUUCUCGGUCCCAUGGAGAACUCACGGAAGAGAGGGAUGUUCUGAGCCAGCAACAGGGAGACCAUGUGGCACGGAUCCUGGAGCUGGAAGAUGACAUCCAGACCAUCAGUGAGAAAGUGCUGACAAAGGAGGUGGAGCUGGAUAGGAUUAGAGACACAGUCAAGGUCGUGACUCGGGAACAAAAGAAGCUGCUUGGGCAACUGAAAGAAGUACAAGCAGACAAGGAGCAAAACGAGGCUGAGCUUCACAUGGCAGAACAGGAGAACCAUCGCUUGAAAUUGGAGCUGCAGGAGGCCAAGGGCCAACAGGAGGAGCAGCAUGUGCAGGCCCAGCGACUAAAGGACCAGGUGGCCCAGAUGAAGGAUACCCUAGGCCAGGUCCGGCAGAGGGUGGCUGAGUUGGAGCCCUUAAAGGAGCAGCUUCGAGGAGCCCAGGAGCUUGCAGCUUCAAGCCAGCAGAAAGCAGCCCUUCUUGGGGAGGAGUUGGCCAGCGCAGCAGGAGCCAGGGACCGGACCAUUGCUGAGCUACACCGAAGCCACCUGGAAAUGGCUGAAGUCAGCGGCAGGCUGGCUGAACUCAGUCUGCACUUAAAGGAGGAAAAAAGCCAGUGGAGCAAGGAGAGGGCAGGGCUGCUACAGAGUGUGGAGGCAGAGAAGGACAAGAUCUUAAAGCUGAGCGCAGAGAUCCUUCGACUGGAGAAAGCAGUUCAGGAGGAGAGGACCCAGAAUCAAGUGCUAAAGACCGAACUGACCCGGGAAAAGGAUUCUAGCCUGGUACAGUUGUCAGAGAGUAAGCGGGAACUGACAGAGCUGCGGUCAGCCCUGCGUGUGUUCCAGAAGGAAAAGGAGCAGCUGCAGGAGGAAAAGCAGGAACUACUAGAAUACAUGAGAAAGCUGGAAGCCCGUCUGGAGAAGGUGGCAGAUGAGAAGUGGAAUGAAGAUGCUGCCACAGAGGAUGAAGAAGCUGCGGGCGGACUGAGCUGCCCAGCUGCUCUGACGGACUCAGAGGACGAAUCCCCAGAAGACAUGAGGCUCCCACCAUAUGGCCUUUGUGAGCAUGGAGACCCAGUCUCCUCUCCAUCUGGGCCCCGAGAGGCUUCUCCCCUAGUUAUCAUCAGCCAGCCAACACCCAUUGCUCCUCACCUCUCAGGUCCCGCUGAGGACAGUAGCUCUGACUCGGAAGCCGAAGAUGAGAAGUCAGUCCUCAUGGCAGCCGUGCAAAAUGGGGGUGAGGAAGCCAACCUGCUGCUUCCUGAGCUGGGCAGUGCCUUCUAUGACAUGGCCAGUGGCUUUGCAGUGAGUUCUCUGUCAGAGACCAGCACUGGGGGCCCUGCCAUCCCCUCAUGGAAGGAAUGUCCUAUCUGUAAGGAGCGCUUCCCUGCUGAGAAUGACAAGGAUGCCCUGGAGGACCACAUGGAUGGACACUUCUUUUUCAGCACCCAGGACCCUUUUACCUUUGAAUGAUCUUUUCUUUUCCUAGAACAUACACAUACACAAACACACACAAACACACACACACUCACACACUCACACUCACACUCCUGCACAGAUACACACCUAGGUCUCAUGCCUAUUUUCCAUCACACUGGGUUUCAUAAGAACUGUUCCCUAGUGUGCCCUAUCUCACCCCA